AUGAAAACAAAUUUGGUCGUUUUCUUGCAAUAGAAAUACUUGUGACCGGUUUGUUUUAUUAAUGUAAAUAAGUCUAGACUAUCUUUUUCCAAUUGCAUAGAGAAAAGUUUCAAUUGCGUGUAGGAGAAUACUGUAAACUUCACAAUGACAGAUAAAUCUUUCAAAGCUUUAAAUUUAGAUAUUACUCAACAGCAAGAGUUUGUCAGAUAUUUUAGAAAUCUACCAGAGAAAGCUCCAUCUACUAUCCGUUUUUUCAACCGAACUGAAUUUUACUCUCUCCAUGGAGACGACACCGCAGUGGCCGUGGAAUGUACUUGCGCCAGAGUCAAAUACAUGGGUAUGGAGCCACAGCUCAGCUACGUCACACUCAGCAAGGGUCAGUUCGAGAUAUUUCUGAGAGAACUGCUUUUAGUAAGACAGUACAGGGUUGAAGUGUAUGUUAAAAAGGCCACCAAAAGUAAUCAGUGGCAGUUAGAAUAUAAGGGCUCUCCUGGUAAUCUGAGUCAGUUCGAAGAUUUAUUGUUUGAAAAUACGUCCAUAAAGUUCAAUAAUGCUGUUAUGUGUUUGAAGGUUUUCGCCAAUAGGUUGUUGGCGGUUGCUUGUAUUAAUAUUUCCGAAUGUAAGUUUGAAGUUUGCGAAUUAACCGAUAACGAUACGUUCUCCGAAUUGGAAAGUUUAAUUGCUCAAAUCGGACCCAAGGAAUGUAUUUUGCCAACAGGAUCGACUCCCGAUCUCGUUACGAUAAAGAAACUUUUGGAACGAACUGGAAUUAUGGUAUCACAAGUCAAGAAUACAGAUUUCACUGACGAAGAUCUCGGACAGGACCUAAACCGGCUUUUGUACUUUGCCGAAGGCCAACAGAGAAACGCUUUCUCUUUUCACGAAACAAACCUUAAAAAUGCCAUGUGUUGUCUACAGGCAGGUAUCAAAUUUUUCGAGAUUAGUCAAGAUGAAAAGAAUUUCAAUCAGUUCAAGAUUAGUACGUUGGAUACCAAGAGAUUUGUUAGAAUCGACAAUGCAGCUCUAUAUGCUCUCAACGUUUUGCCCAAACCCACACCUGGUAGCAACAAGAUCAGUAAAUCCACAAACACUUCAUGUUUAAAGGGACUUUUGGAUCACUGUAUCACUGCACAAGGUAGCAGGUUACUGGAACAGUGGAUAAAGCAACCUCUAAAAGAUUAUCUGGCUAUUAAUGAACGACUAGAAAUUGUAGAGACGAUUGCGAAGAAUUCCGAUGUCCGAACGCAGUUAACAAAGGAUUGGCUUCCUCGAGUAACUGAUUUGAUACCUUUGUCGAGAAAAGUUGCAUCAAAGAAAGCAAGGCUUCAGGAUUGUUACAAGGUAUAUCAAGUUGUGAGCACCGUGCCAUCAAUCAUAAAAGUACUUAAAGAAACUAAUAAUAAGUUUGUAAAGGACAUGCUAGUUGAUCCGUUGGCAGAAAUAAUUUCAGAAAUGGAGAAUUAUCAAAGCAUGAUAGAACAGACACUAGAUUUUAGUUUGGUUGAAAGAGCUGAGUUUCUUAUAAGAAGUUCGUAUGACGAAAGUUUAACAGAAUUACACGAGGAAAAAGAAAAAAUUCAGGCCAAGAUGCAUAGAGUUUGGGAAAACGUUGCGGAUGAGUUGGGAUUGGAGAAAGGUAAAGGUGUCAAACUAGAAUCGACCGAACAGCUCGGCUACUUCUUAAGAGUUACUCUGAAAGAUGAAAAAAUUCUGAGAAAACACAAAGAGUUUAAAACACUUGGAGUGAUUAAAGGUGGUUGCAGGUUCACUAACGACAGAUUAACUAGUUUAAAUGACAAGUAUCAAAAUGUCAAUGAAGAGUACAAAGAACGACAGAAGGAUAUCGUAAAAGAAGUUGUUGACGUUGCAGCUGGUUAUGCGGAAAGCUUAAAGUCAUUGAACUUGUUGAUUGCCAAAGUCGACGUGUUGACUUCCUUUGCUGUAGCCGCAGUUUCGGCAAGAAUUCCUUACGUCAAACCAAAAAUCCAUAAGCAAGGAACAGGGUUUCUAAAUUUGAAACAAAUGAGGCAUCCUUGUAUCGAAGCCCAAAGCAAUAUGUCAUUCAUUCCUAACGACGUUACGUUCGAGAAAGAAGGUGCCAGGUUCUACGUAAUAACAGGUCCCAAUAUGUGUGGUAAGAGUACGUAUAUAAGAAGCGUUGGUACGGCAGUAUUAAUGGCACAUAUCGGUUGCUUGGUUCCUUGUUCCCUAGCUGAAAUAUCCAUUGUCGAUGCUAUUUUGGUGAGAGUAGGUGCAGAAGAUUGUCAGUUAAAGGGUCUUUCCACAUUUAUGCUGGAAAUGGUGGAAACAUCUACUAUUAUAAAGACAGCUACGGCUGAUUCACUAGUCAUUAUCGAUGAAUUGGGGCGUGGAACUUCAACUUACGAUGGAUGCGGAUUAGCUUGGGCCAUUGCCGAACAUUUGGCUAGAGAUAUUCGCAGUUUCUCAAUGUUUGCUACACAUUUUCACGAAAUUAAUGAACUAGCAGAAAACUACGAUUGCGUGGCCAACUUAUAUGUCUCAGCAUUAGUUACUGAUACGACAAUGACUCCUCUGUACACGAUACGCGAAGGCGAAUGCGACAAAAGCUACGGAGUACAUUGCGCAAGAAUUGUGAACUUUCCAGAUGAUGUUAUACAGGGGGCAAUUGAGUACCAGAGAAACUUGGAACAUCAAAACGGCAUGAAAUAUUUAAGCGAUUUCGAGCCAAGCGUGAAAAGAAAAUACAUCGCAGAAGGAGACGCAAUGAUCAGAACAGCUAUGAAGCAACUGAAAUCAAUGGAUGUUAAUAGCCUAAGCGAUGAGGAACUGAUGAAAAAAGUUGAAGAAAUGAAAGUAGACUUACUUAAAAAGGAACAUCUCUUUGUAAAGGGACUCAUGGAUGUUUAAUGAUCUGAUUUUUUUUUACUUGUGUACAACUCAACUCAUUCCAUCUUUGUGUAUUUUUCAGCGUUCGGAUUUUUAUUGAGAAACUUGCUUUAAGUCUUAUUUACUUUUUCUUUUAAUUUUCAAAUUUAAUAGAAUAUACUUCCAACACCCAGUUUUUUGUAUAAAAAUCUUCAUUUUCACCUUUCUUAUUUUUACUUUCCAACAAUUUAUGAAUUUUUGAAAAGCAUUUUUUG